AUGAUUUUGCAAAAUUCACGUGCCGCAAAAAUACUCCGGAAUAUUCCGCCCGAAAAACUGAGCAUCGAACCAGGAUGCUACGUGAUACAGUGUGACAAUUCAAUAGUGUUGGAAGAUCAGCCGCAGCUCAUGGUUAGAAAUGAUGGAUCUCAUCAAGGAUCCACAAACAGAGAUUCUGCAAGUAGCAUUCCUGUUGUAUUAGAUUCAGAUCUACAGUCAUCAAUAACUGAAUGUGUUACUCUGAAUCCCAUAGAAACGGUUGAACCUGUAGUGGUACAGUGUGACAAUUCAAUGGUGUUGGAAGAUCAGCCGCAGCUCAUGAUUAGAAAUGAUGGAUCUCAUCAAGGAUCCACAAACAGAGAUUCUGCAAGUAGCAUUCCUGUUGUAUUAGAUUCAGAUCUACAGUCAUCAAUAACUUAA